AUGGAAGGAAGACAGGAGGGAAGGUUUGGCUAGUGACUGGAGAGGGACGGAGGAAAGAGGGUGAUCUCCUCAUCAGACCAGGAUCAGGACCAUGGGCGAUAUGAAGACGCCCGACUUUGACGAUCUUCUGGCGGCUUUCGACAUCCCCGACAUGGUGGAUCCAAAAGCUGCUAUUGAAUCUGGCCACUGUGACGAGCGCGACGGACAGCUCAAGCAACCCACUGGGGUGACUGCUAAUGAAGACGAGGCCCACAACACCUCAACAGGACACGACAUUGGCGUUAGUGUCAUUGUCAAGAACCUAAGAAAAACAGACACUAGGGAAAAUGGUGAAAUUGCAUCAGAAAGGAAUUUCCACUCCCAUUCUGUUGACACUUGCAACAGACUUCAUAAUGGCUUCUUAACAGGUUUUCCUCAAUACACCAAGAAUGGAUGGAAAGCCCCCAGGGAGGAAGGACAGCCAGUUAACAACCAAACAUCCACCUACAACCAGUUCAGCCCCAUCUCCAGUGCUGAAGAGUUUGAUGAAGAUGAUCAAAUUGAGGUAGAUGACCCCAUGGACAAUCGGGUUGGUCAGACAUUCUUUAGGUCCUCCGCUAAGGAAAAUGACCAGAAUCCCAAAUCUCCCAUAUCAGUGAACAAUGUGUCUAAGCCCAGAGCAAAGAAAGACCAAAAACCUGAUCAAAACAAUAACAACAACAACAAUAAAAAUAGUGUCAAAAUCGGAGAUUCCAAGUCUUACAAUAUCCGUCAGUCAAGUUUACCUAAGGAGGAACUCAAGUCUCGCAGCAAGGAGUGUAAGGAUGCUGUAGAGUCCUCAAGACUUGUUAAUGUGUCCCCUACCCCCCAGGUCAAGAGUAAGUCCAUUGCAAAACUGUCUUCUUGUAUAGCAGCCAUAGCAGCCCUCAGUGCCAAAAAGGCCAAUGGUACGGACUUAUGUGUUUUGGAUUCUCCCCCAACACAUAAAGAAACCAACAAGGUCAAUGAAAAACCUGCUGCUCCGGAAAAGCCACAGCAGCGUGAGUCAGCCCUUGAGUUUGCAAAGAUGCUACUAACAAGACCACAAGACAGCCCCUCUAGUGUCACCAGUGAAGGUAGCAGCAAGGGUUCCCCUUCCUCAAGCAUAGACACAACCCCAGUCAUCCCAAAGGUCAGGAUCAAAACAAUCAAGACCUCUUCCGGACAGAUCAAGCGCACUGUCACCCGCGUUCUCCCAGAGUUUGAUCCCGACGGCCUGACAAAAGGAGAGAAUAGCAUAUCUGUCAUGGAAACUACCACUGCAAUUUUCUCAAAUCCCACGAGGCUGCCAACUACGGUUGUAGCCACCACUGGAGGACCAUCAAUUGAAAUAACCAAGCAAAUGACUAUUAAACCUGUGGCGACAGCUUUCUUGCCGAUAUCUGCAGUCAAGACAGCUGGUUCACAAGUCAUCAACCUUAAGCUGGCAAACAACACCACAAUCAAAGCAACAGUCAUUCCUGCUGCAUCAGUGCAAAGUGCCAGCAGUGCCAUCUUGAAAGCUGCUAAAGUCCUCCAGCGAAAGACUCUUAUGGUACCUGCCUCCAGUCUGCCCAAUGCCAAACUUGUGCCAAAGACAGUCCAUCUUGGUAACCUCAACCUCCUGCCUCAGACUGUGACUUGUGACCUGAGACAGGCCCUGGCCUCCUCCAAGCAGAGCCCGAAACAAUCACAUGUCAAGCAGCAGAUAAUUCUUACUGGCCAGGUUUCAAAGAAAGUCUCCAGGGUUCAAGUCAUCUCUAGCACUCAAAGUUCUGUAGUGGACGCCUUUAAUAAAGUCCUAAGUAGCAUUAAUCCUGUCCCUGUGUAUGUUCCAAACCUAUCCCCGCCAACCGCAGCCGGUAUCUCUCUACCCUCAAGUGGCUACAAUUGCCUGGAGUGUGGAGAUUCAUUUGCUCUGGAGAGGAGCCGGACACAGCACUACGAACGUCGCAGUGUGCGGAUCGAGGUCACCUGCAACCACUGUGCCAAAAGUCUAGUGUUCUACAAUAAAUGCAGCCUCUUGUCUCAUGCUAGGUGCCACAAGGACAAAGGGGUUGUCAUGCAGUGCUCACAUCUAAUCCUAAAACCCAUCCCUGCAGACCAGAUGAUACCCACAUCAUUGUCAUCAGGCUCAACCAACAUCACCGGUACCACCACCAUUUCCCAAGCCCAAGCACACAAAAGUCAAUUUUCAUGGAAAGGCACUGUCAGUGGGUCCCAGACUGCAGUGAUUUCAGCUCCCUGCAGUGUUCCUUUUGUGGCAGCCAUGCCCUUGGAGGAUGAUGGAUCAAAGCUCUGCAGGCCCGGCCUAAAGUGCAUGGAGUGCAAUGAAAUGUUCCAAGAUGACAGUUUGCUAGCCAAGCACUAUCAACAUGCACCAGAGUCCAGUGGACAGAAAACCUGCACUAUUUGCCAAAUGCUUCUGCCAAAUCAGUGCAGCUUUCAGUCACACCAGCGGAUCCACCAGCACAAGUCUCCUCACAUCUGUCCUGAGUGUGGCGCCAGCUGCCGAUCUGUCCACUUCCAGUCGCACAUUACCAAGAGCUGCUUACAUUACACCCGCAGAGUCGGCUACCGCUGCCAUCACUGCAGUGUGGUCUUCGCCGAUGUUGCAACGCUGAAGUCCCACAUCCAGAGCGCUCACUGUGAGACCUUCUAUAAAUGUCCUCUCUGCCCCAUGGCCUUCAAGACUGCACCUGGCACACAUUCCCAUGCACAUAUACAGCAUCCAGGAGUGAAGGCUGGAGAGCCCAAGUUGAUCUACAAGUGCUCCAUGUGUGACACUGUGUUCACUCAGCAGUCCCUGCUCUGCGCACACUUCGACCAGCAUGUUGUCAAUCAUAAAGUCUCAGUGUUCAAAUGCCCCGAUUGCUCCUUGCACUACGCACAGAAACAACUCAUGUUGGACCAUAUCAAAGCCAUUCAUGGAACCGUGAAGACCAUCGAGGGUCCACCAAACUUGGGCAUCAACCUUCCUCUCAGCAUCAAGCCCACAAAUUCUAAUAACAGCAGUAACACCAACGGCUCCAGCAAUAACAACAAAAAAGAUGGAGGAAAUGUUAAUCAUCAAGACAAGGGAGAAAAGAAACCUUCAAGUUCGCCACAAAAGAAAAGCAACAGUAAAUCCUCAGCAGGGCUCAAGAGCCCUCCAAGCUCAAGAUACACAUGUGGGGACUGCAGUACCCUCUUCAGUUCCAGGGAGGUCUUUGUGGCUCAUAUGAGGCGUGAACAUGGAAAGAUCUUGAAGAAGCACCCAUGUCGACAGUGUGACAAGUCCUUCAGCUCCUCUCACAGUCUCUGUCGACACAACCGUCUCAAACACAAGGGGCUGCGGAAGGUCUACACAUGCCCUCACUGUCCAGCUCUCAGUCAGCCCUUCACUAAAAGAGUGCUGCUGGAUCAGCACAUUCAGAUGAUGCAUUGCGUCAAAGAACCAGAGGGGAAGACCGUCCGCUCUGAGAAUGUGGAGGAAUUACCUGACAAGACCCCCAGCCCAAAGAGGAAGCCAGAGGAGGAUGAGGGAUCGUCAGGUUUGAACUUCAGGGGAUCAGACUCACAGCUUCUGAAAAGGCUCAAAGUGAACAUCCCCAAAUUUCACAAGUGUGCGGUUUGUGGCUUCACCUCAGAUGACAUCGAUGCUUUCCAAAAACACAUUCCCCAGCACAAGUCCGAUGGCUCGUCCUACCAGUGUCAGGAGUGCGGCCUGUGCUACACCUCCAACCGAUCACUGUCCCGACACCUCUUCAUCGUUCAUCGGCUGAAGGAGCCGCACGGCCUCGCCCGAUACAACGGACGGGCCAGGGAUGAUGAUGAGAGUCAGAGGGAGAACCAGCUGGAUGUUACGGACGAGAACAACGAUGGGAAACCCAUCACACAAUGCAAAGUGUGUGGGAAGAUGUUUGAAACUGAGGGAAACCUGAACACUCACAUGAGGACACAUGGAAUGGCCUUUAUCAAGUCUAAGAGACUGAGUGCAGCUGAGAAGUGAGAAGAACUCACUUUUUAACAUUGCAAACAACAUACAGUACA